AUGUAUGAUUUGUCAGAUCCUGAAACAGCCCGUCAAUCAUAUCGUGAACUAAACGCAUACAAGGAACGCCGCAUGCUGCAAGGGAAGUUCCUACCGACGGUAUAUGCCGUCAGGACUGUAUGGGGCCUUCUAAGGGUCUUCAUUAUGGAAAACUCUGGAACUGCGGUCAAAGGGGAGAAAUUUUCUCGAGACGACUGGGAGAAAGCGAACAAUAUCCUCGAUAAACUCCACGGUUGCGGGAUAACUCAUGGCGAUCUUAAGCCAGACAACUUUGCGGUAUCGGAGCAAGGCCAUAUGCGGCUAAUAGAUUUAGGGUUGGCGAUGAAACAUUCAAUUGAGGAUGGCCAUUUUGAGGAUGAAAAAAAGGAGCUUGAAUGGUUGAGAGAAGAUGGGAGCAGGAGAUGA